AUGGUUUGAACAGCGUUGGACGAUUUGACGAGAGGAGGUGAAUGAUUCCAAAAUGUUUAUGCCAAGAGCUUUAAAACUUAAAAGACCUGCAGAGGGAUCUGGUCGAAUUUUGAACAAAAAGAGCAAGAUUAGUCAAGAAGAGGUAAACAGACGUAGUUCAGAGACACUUGCUCGCAAGGAUGAAUUAUGUGAAGAAGGCAAAAUGGAGAAUGACACAGUUCAAGCAGGUGAAGGAUCUAUACCUGCUCCAAGAAGCUCCAAACGUGAAGUUGAACACACGCCUUCUUCUGAUGCUGAGGAUGAGGAUGAAGAAGAAGACGAAGAGCCAGUGAAAUCUUUCAAAAAGAGGCAGAGAUGGCCUGAGCCUGGGGAGCCUGUCUGUGUCAUGUGUGGUCGCUAUGGGGAGUACAUCUGUGAUGCCACUGACAACGAUGUCUGCAGCCUUGAAUGCAAAGCCAGCCAUUUAUUGAAAAUGGGAAUGGGUACUGGUGCAGAAGCAUUGAACUACAAGGACAGACCCAAAGAUGAGAAGGCUGCUGUACCUGGACAGUCAGCAGUUGACACCGGAGUUGAAAGAAGUUAUUCCUACAGAGAAGAUCGGUUCAUAUCAGGCUUGACAGAGGAACAGGUGCAACGCAUCAAACACGAACUGGGCAUUGAAACACAGGGGACAGACGUCUGUAGACCCAUCAUUGAGUUUGAACACUGUGGCUUCCCUACAACUUUAAGUGGGAACCUGAAAAAGGCUGGUUACCAGGCGCCCACCCCAGUGCAGAUGCAGAUGGUACCUGUUGGUCUCACAGGCAGGGAUGUGAUUGCCAGUGCUGACACAGGAUCAGGGAAGACAAUCGCCUUUCUGCUGCCAGUGGUAGUCAGAGCACUUGAGAAAUCAGCACAGACUGUUGGUUGCCCUGUGGCUCUGAUCCUGACACCCACCAGAGAGUUAGCCAUUCAGAUAGAGAGACAGGUGAAAGAGCUGGUGAUUGGAAUCCCCAACAUGAGAACAGCACUGCUGGUGGGAGGCAUGCCACUUCCACCUCAGCUCCACCGCCUCAAAAUCAGCAUCAAAAUCGUCAUUGCUACCCCUGGAAGACUCAUAGAGAUUUUGAAGCAGAAUGCAGUGCAAAUGGACAAAGUGAAGAUUGUGGUGGUUGAUGAGGUUGACACUAUGUUAAAGAUGGGCUUCCAGCAGCAGGUGCUGGAGAUUCUUGAGAAAGUCCCAGAAGAACACCAGACUCUGCUGACAUCAGCCACAAUCCCAACUGGGACGGAGGAGCUCGCAGCUCGGUUGGUUCAUGACCCUGUACGUAUUGCGAUUGGUGAGAAGAACCAGCCCUGCGCCAAUAUACGACAGAUCCUGCUUUGGGUAGAGGAGCCCUGCAAGAAGAAGAAGCUGUUUGAGAUCCUCAAUGAUAGUAAGCUGUACCAGCCUCCGGUGGUGGUGUUUGUUGACUGUAAAGCGGGAGCUGAUCUCCUGUGCGAGGCAGUCGCCAAAGUGACAGGUCUCACUUCUGUGGCUAUCCAUUCUGACAAGAGCCAGUGGGAACGAAAUCGCAUCCUCAGGGGUCUUCUCGAUGGAGACUUUGAGGUGGUGAUCAGUACAGGUGUGCUGGGCAGAGGACUGGACUUAGUCAAUGUCCGAUUGGUAGUUAACUUUGACAUGCCAAACACAAUGGAUGAGUAUGUCCAUCAGGUGGGGAGAGCAGGUCGGCUGGGACACAGGGGGACGGCCAUCACCUUGCUCAAUAACAACAACAAGCGACUGUUUCUAGAGAGACGAGAAAGGCAGAAACACAAGACGGGACUUGAUGACAUGGUGACCAAGAACAACCUCAUUGAUAUUAUAAAGAAACAUGAUCGCCGGAAAAAGUAAUAAACGUUUUCAGUGUUUUUGCAUUGAUGCUGUCUGUGAUUAAGUGUAUAGUUGAAUGUU